CACAGAGAGAGACGGGGGAGAGGAUUUCAACCCAGGCGCGUCAGGAAAAAGUGAAGAAAUGAGCGAAAAAACCGAAAAAGAAGCAGCAUCUGGCUGCAUUUUAAUGAUAUUGGAGACUGCAAAGCUGAGUGCAGAAUUUGUCAAAUGAAAAUAUCCGUCAGAGCAGAUCGGUUCAUCUAAGGGAGCCGAGUCAAACUGUGUAGGAUCAACAACAAACCUGUAACUGUGUAUUAUUUGUAACGGAAAGAAAUGCAUAAAAAUAAGGCUUUUGUGAAAACGCUGAAUAAAAAUUGCUUACCAACACACAAACCAUUUAUAAUUGCUAAAAUAGAAGGCUCCGAGUGAUACUAAAUGAAGAGCCAUUUGGGAGCCGAGCCAAACUGUGUAGGAUCAACAACAAACCUGUAACUGUGUAUUUUUUGUAACGGAAAGAAAUGCAUAAAAAUAAGGCUUUUGUGAAAACACUGAAUAAAAAUUGCUUACCAACACACAAACCGUUCAUAAUUGCUAAAUUAGAUUAAAAUAGAAGGCUCCGAGUGAUACUAAAUAAAGAGCCAUUUGCGAGCCGUAAGAACCGACUCUUCUCAUGGAGCCGAGCUAAAAGAGCCUCCCAUCACUAGCAGGCGAUGAAUAAACCAGGCUAGGCAAAACACGUGAAUUAAUAAAACGGACAAAAACACAGUGGAAAGCGGCUUGGGAAGGUCAGGGGCUAAAAUGCGCGAUACUGUGCAAUGACACUGUGAAUGAGUCUCCUGUUAAAGUGAGUGAGUGGGUGAGAGCGCGUGCGCGCGCGCACUAGUAGCUAUGGAAUAAGCCACACCCUUGUGAUAGGAUUAAAUGCCCCGGUGUGACGUAUCCUCUUACACACCGUGUAACCCUCUCCAAACAGAACAGAAUGACUUCAGUGGACAUGAUGAACUCAAACAAGAUCGACAGAGAAACAAUGGACAGGAAAUCUGAAAGCGUCAUCCCCAUUAUACAAGAUGACAGCCCUCGUUCUUUGGGUUUCUGUGGCUGGAUUUUAAUCUUCAUGUCUGUCAUUUUCACCAUCGCACUGUUUCCUGUCACCAUAUUCAUGUGCAUCAAGCUCGUCCAGGAGUACGAGAGAGCUGUGAUCUUUCGUCUGGGUCGCAUCGUUGACAGAAAACCGAAAGGACCAGGAAUGUUUUUCGUGGUGCCGUGUGUUGAUACUUUCACAAAGGUGGACUUGAGAUCUAAGACUUUUGAGAUUCCACCUCAAGAGAUUCUGACAAAGGACUCAGUGACGGUGUCUGUAGACGGUGUGGUUUACAUCCGGGUCAAUGACCCCAUCUUGUCUGUAGCUAAUGUGAGAAAUGCUGAUGAUGCCACUCGCCUGCUGGCCCAGACCACACUGAGGAAUGUCUUGGGCACUAAAAGCCUGUCAGAAGUGCUAUCAGACAGAGAGGGCAUCUCCCACAGCAUGCAGUUUGCCCUAGAUGAGGCCACACAUCCAUGGGGCAUCAAGGUGGAACGAGUGGAGAUUAAAGACGUUAAACUCCCGCUUCAGCUCCAGAGAGCCAUGGCAGCUGAGGCUGAAGCCUCCAGGGAGGCUCGUGCUAAGGUGAUAGCAGCAGAGGGGGAGAUGAACGCAUCACGGGCCCUAAAGGAGGCCUCCCUGGUUAUUGCGGAAUCACCUUCAGCUCUGCAGCUCCGCUACCUCCAAACACUCAACACCAUCUCAGCUGAGAAAAACUCCACCAUCAUUUUCCCCCUGCCCAUUGACAUGUUUCAGCACUUUGUAUCCCGUAAAUGAGGGUAAAUGUUGUGUCUGCUGGAGCAGAUCUUACAUUCAGGCCUAUAAACAUUUCUCAGUAUCAUUAAGGUCAAGUUUCUCUUACAUGGUCCGUUCUUUAUAGCCUUUAAAACGGCUUUAUUAAGCUGUACAAAUGUUCCUAAUUACUAGUAAGGUGUGUCGUGUACUUUCCUAAAAUUAUUCAAAUGGGAAUGAGUAACUCUUAUUUAGAUCCCACUACUUGAGAGACAGUAUGAAAAUACUAUUUUAUUUAUAAUUCAUUACUUAAUAUUAAACGUGUUAAACAUGUUAAAUGUUUUGUAUAAUAAAUAACAAUUAUUUAAAAAUGGUUAAAUAAUGGUUUUGCAGCACUUUUUCAGUCUACAAAAAGUUUACUGAGCAAAAUUGCCAGAUUUAAGUUUCCAAAAAAAAUUGAGAAAAAUAUUAAAAAAGCCUGUUUUACAUGACAACGCA